UCUUAAACAAAACCUAGAGAGACAAGAACGAGUCAGUGUGGACCUAAAGAAGGAGCUAAACGGUGCUCAAAGAUCAAUGGAUGAGCUACGAAAUCAAUUGAGUCGUGCAGACGGGUCGACUUACAUCCGUUGGGGGAGAAAAACAUGUCCUAAAGAUGCUGUUCUGGUAUACGAAGGCAGUGCUGGUAGUGGAAAUUCAUUACACACAGGGGCAGCUGCCAACACACUUUGUCUUUCUAACAAACCAGAGUGGAAUGAAUACAUUGACGGAUUUCAAGGUGGAACGAGGAUUUAUGGUGCAGAAUACUGGGCCCAAAAUACCCUUUCUAAAUUCAAUGCUGUUCAUAACCACGAUGUGCCAUGUGUUGUGUGUCGCAUAAGGCACGGUAAUGUAAUGAUGGUGCCUGGACAGAACAAUUGUCGAGGAGGUUACACUUUACAAUAUUCAGGCUAUCUCAUGGCUGGUAAUUUUGGGCAACCUGGGACAUCAGAAUAUAUUUGUAUGGACCGGGAACCCGAGAAAGGAAAUUCUGGUAGUGGUGAGAAACCCGGUACGAAAUUCCUUUCGGCUCAAGGAGAAUGCGGGACCCUGGAAUGUCCGCCUUAUGUUGAAGGAAGGGAAAUCACUUGUGCAGUUUGCUCCUAUACUUCAAGAGCAAUUGUUGAUCCACUGUCAUAAUUAAAUAUUGUUUUACAGAGCAGCCGUUGAACACUUUCCAUAACAAUUUAGGUCAUGAUCAAUAGUUUGAUAUACCAACCAUUUCAGAAAUGUCUCUAAACUAUUUUAUUCUUCCAAAUUCAAUUGAUAUAAAAGAUUAAAAAAUAAAUAAAAAUUCCGAGAAAAUA